AGAGGGAGACAGGGAGCGCGAGCGAGCGACCGAGCGGGGGAGUUUAAUAACACUCCACCGGUUGAGACAGGGACCCGCUAAUCCCCCUGUACACACACACGCACACGCAGUUUACACACAUAUAUACACGCGCGUGCGCGCGCGAGGGGGAGAGAGAGAGAAAGAGAGAUGAAGCGUAGUGGAGUUUAAACGCGUUUGGGACUGAGCAGAACUUCUGUCUGUGGAUUUUAUAAACCAGGAAUUAUUCUUUCGGGAUUUCUUUAGCGUGUGAACACCUGUACUUUUCCAUUGAUGAGGCAGCCUUCGGCAGAUGUGGACGGUAUGGCGCUGAGGCGCGCGCUCCUGCCCUCCAUCUCCACCUUCACCACCGGAGCCGCUGAGCCAAGAUGGAAGGAGGAAAUGUCUCAUCUGAAGCACUUUGAAAACAUCAUGACCAAAAAAGAGCCAGAGGAACUUGAAUUAAUCGACUACGAUUUCAUCCUCUCCAAUAGCGUCACGCAGCAGCAACAGCAGAAUCGGCCACCUCCAUCGGAAAUGACGUCAUCAGCCUAUCCAUCCUAUCACAUGUCAUAUGUGCCGGACAUCAGCGAUGUUUCUCCAAGCGGAGGAUUUGUCGCUGAGCUCAUGAGACCUGAUCUUGACCCUGCCUAUCUUCAGCCACUUAGCGCAGACAUUAGCGCUACCGCAAGCGUUGGUACUAACGCUAACGUUAACCUACAUGGGAAAUUUGUGGUUAAAACGACAAAUGUUCAAAGCAGCAUGUCGGCGUACCACGAGAAUGACACCAUGCCUGUGUCAGAAACAUCGCCAACUUUGUUCAUGUGCCACAGAAUAAAACAGGAAGUCCAGGCCCCUACGUCCUCUUCCUCGCUCUCACCAGAUGAACAUCACACACCUUCACAGGUGUUGGCUCAUCCCUCCAUCUCUGUUCCGCAUGGAUAUCAUCCAUCUCACAGUUAUUCCCAGUUUGCCGCAGCAUCAUCAGUGCAGUACUCCGAAAUGGUUCCUUCUGCACCAGAGGAGACUAAACCCAAACGUGGCCGACGCUCGUGGCCAAGGAAGAGAAUGGCCACACACACAUGUGAUUAUGCUGGCUGUGGGAAAACCUACACGAAGAGCUCGCACCUGAAAGCACAUCACAGAACACACACAGGAGAGAAGCCAUAUCAUUGUGAUUGGGAAGGCUGUGGAUGGAAAUUUGCCCGUUCUGAUGAACUGACUCGUCAUUACCGUAAACACACGGGUCACCGGCCGUUUCAGUGUCAGAAGUGCGACCGUGCUUUCUCCCGCUCUGAUCACCUGGCACUGCACAUGAAACGACAUCUAUAACCUUUAAUCCUUAAGCAUGUGCGACUCUACACAUUACGCACAGGACUUCCAUCAAAACUCCACGAGUUGCCUUUUUUAAAAAAAGACAACGAAUGAAAAAGACUUGAGACAUGCUGUGAAUGUUCACGGCAAAACAAAGUUCACUAUUAUCUUGAUUUUUUACUUUAGAUGGAAACGCUGACGGCUCAUGAACUGGACCACAUUUCAGCAAACCGUACUGACAAUUUUAUUUAUUAGACUUUAUUGUAAUUGUACAUCAUCAUUACUGUUAUUUCAUGUCUUUACUACAAACUGAAGAGCUUUACUGAAGAGCGUAAGGUCUUUCAGCAAUCAUCCUAUAAUACUACAACAUGAUCAACAUCCAGCAAUACCAAAUUAGGAUAACACUAACUCAAAUAUAGCCCUCUGGUAGUGUGCACUACUUUGUGAUGUACCAAGUUGACCUCAGUCUGAUGGAGACAGGUGGAGAACCACAGGGUCUGCAUUCUAAACUGUACAUCGUAAAACUGUGUAGAUCAGAAUGAGUGCAGUACAUAGCACAUUAAUCUCCACGGUAAGGAAAAGGGUGUGCGUAGUUUGGUGGUGUUUCAAAUACAACCAAGGAACCUGAAGCGCACAGGAUAAAGUAAUACAAUCUAUUUAGUGUUCUUGUCUUCCAGCACAUCAGUUACCACUGAUGUGUAAAAUGAUAAGCUUCAAUUAAAAAAAAAAUGUACAAGAUUUUGGGUGCCAAAAAUAGAACAGGAAACCAAAUCACUCUGGAAAUAUAUAAAUAUAAAACUGUAAUAAUAUUACUAUAAUGUCUCACUGUAAUUUUAAAACUAUUUUUGUAUAGAAUAAUAUUUAAGUGAAUACAUUUCUGAAACCAUCAAACCCAAGAAAGCCUGAAAAUAUAUAAAUUAUAAAUAAGAUUUUUUUUUUCUUCUAUAGAACUGGAAAUACUUACUUUUACAAAUAUUCAAUGGUGUUAUUUAAGUAACCAGGUUUUUACAGGAAAGUGAAAUUAAACUGGAAUUUUUUAGCAUAUUUAUAUCUGUAUAAAUUUAAAACAUAUAAACUGUUUCCAAAAAUCUGGAGAUCGAGGUGCCAAACUCAUUGAACAAGUAAGGAAAAUAUAUAUGUUGUAUAAAAUGUCAGGGAUGUUACGGGAUUAUUAUUCAAAAAUUACACCUUUAAUCUAGACACAAUUAUACACACACACACACACACACACACAUGUUAUAGUGAUAUUAGUAGUAAUUUCUGGUACAGGUUACUUUUUGGCGCAUUGUGUCUCUGCACUGGUGCAAUAAACAUUUUGAAAAAACCUGAAUAACACUCUGAAUAUUUUUGUAACUCUGAACAAAGGCUUUUCUGUUUAUAUUAAAUAAAUGUAAUAUAAUCCUUCAUUUUGUAAAACUUGUAAAUAGAUAUUUUUUGUAUUUUAUGUAUGAAUACAAUACUGUACAAAUAAAAUAUACAACAUUUCAAA